GAGAGCUUCCUGUAGCGACCGUUGAGAGCUGCGUGUUUCCGCUGCUGUUCUCUCUUCAAGCAGCAGCGUUCCGUAUACAACAACAACAUGCCUCUGGCGAAAGACUUGCUGCAUCCAACUUCAGAGGAGGAGAGGAGGAGACACAAGAAGAAACGACUCGUCCAGAGUCCAAACUCCUACUUCAUGGAUGUCAAAUGUCCAGGUUGCUAUAAGAUCACCACAGUGUUUAGUCACGCCCAGACGGUGGUGUUGUGUGUAGGAUGUUCAACAGUGUUGUGCCAGCCCACUGGAGGAAAAGCACGUCUCACAGAAGGAUGCUCAUUCAGAAGAAAGCAGCACUAGUCUCUCUCACCUAUUUGGAAGGAUGCUGGAGACCAAAUGAAGAGAGAUGGGAUUGGCUGAAUGGUUUCCAGCGUCUAGGAUGAACCCACUCCGCCGAUCUGAAGUGGAAAUGAAGGCCAGAUUGAAACCUCAUGAUGCUGCUGUUACCUGGAAGCAGAUUGUGCUGGACUAAGGCAUUUCUGUACUGCAUACCUGACAAACCUGUUUGUCUCACUUGAAAUAAAGUGUUUUUUUUCAUUA